AUGGCCAUGGAAAAUUCUCCUUCAGCUGCUGAGAACAUGCCCAAUUAUCGUGUUAAUCACUGGAGGCAAGAUGAGGAUCAAAAGCUAACCCAACUUGUUCAAGAACAUGGUCCUCAAGACUGGAAUGCAAUUGCUCAACAUAUACAAGGACGAACUGGGAAAAGUUGCAGAUUAAGGUGGCGCAAUCAUCUUGAUCCUGGUGUUAACAGAAACUGUUUUACGAAAGAAGAAGAAGAGAGGCUGAUUGCAGCUCGAGAGAUUUAUGGAGCAAAAUGGGCAACCAUAGCCAAACUCUUCGAGGGGAGAACCGACAAUGCCUUGAAAAACCAUUGGCACGUUUUGAUCGCACGAAAGCGAAAGGAAGCCAACAAUGGAAGUUUGCAAGACCUGACCAACCGUUCAACUUCUUCCUCUUCUCACCAUCACACAUUGUUUCAUCACAUGAUGAACUUCAACGCUACACAAAGGGCACUUGCACCACUGUCUCCUUUGAACUUUGGAUCAGUGCCAUCCUUCUCAGACUCUUUUCCUUUUGGGCUGUUGAAUCCUGCUGCUUCUUCUGCCGGAAUCAUGAAAAAGGGCUUGUUUCAUAGCUCAUCAUCGCCAUUCACUGAGUUUAAUAAGGCUUCUUCUUCUUCGGACAGAAAGGAACCACAUGACGCUGGAUUCAAGGAUGUUACUUUCUAUGAUUUUCUUGGUGUCGGUGCUGAUGAUGAGUGA